UUGAUUUAGUGUCAGUCAUUUCGCCUGUUGAUUGGACGAUGGAUCGAAUCACUUUCAGUGUGAAUGGGGAGCCUUAUUCAGCCGGUUCCGAGGUAGACUCCGAUGAAACCCUCAACGACUUUCUUCGAAUCCGCUUAAACCUCCGCGGCACAAAAUACAUGUGCAAGGAGGGCGGAUGCGGAGUAUGCAUCGUAGCUGUGACGAUUCCUGAUGCAGAUGGCCGGAGGACCACCUAUUCUAUUGAUUCUUGCUUAACAACGAUAUUAUCGUGUCAAGACUGGGAGAUCAUCACAGUGGAGGGGAUAGGAAACCGGCAAAGGUACCACCCCAUACAGCGGACCCUUGCGAAGUAUAAUGGCUCCCAAUGUGGAUAUUGCACCCCUGGAUGGAUCAUGAGUAUGUACAGUUUACUUGAAAACAGAGAUUACGAUGUCACUGAAUAUGAAAUAGAAAAUUCCUUCGGCGGUAACCAAUGCCGCUGUACAGGCUAUAGAUCGAUCUUAGACGCCUUUAAAACCUUCGCAAAGGACACUCCAAAACCCAGCCUCGAUGAUAUCGAAGAUUUAAAACUAUGUAAAAAUAAACGAAAUUGUAACAAAAGUUGUGAAGAAGAUUGGUGUGUGGUUCCCAGGCGUGGUAAGGUCAAGAAGAUAUAUUUGAGGGAUCAUAAAACUUGGUAUAGAGUGAAUGAAAUCAACGAUAUUUUCCAAGUGUGGCGGAAUGAAGGGACAGAUUCUUAUAUGUUAGUGGAUGGGAAUACAGGGCGAGGUGCGAUACACAUAUUUGAAUUCCCUCGAGUUCUAAUAGAUAUAAGUGCAGUCUAUGAACUCAAGAUCCAUUACCUGGACCAAAACCUAAUAAUUGGCGCUGGAACUACGUUAACAAAUACGAUGAAGAUAUUUAAAAACAUGGCUGAGAUUUAUGAAGAGUUCUCUUAUUUGCAAAAGUUGUACGAUCAUUUGGACUUGGUGGCUCACAUACCUGUUAGAAAUGUCGGUUCAAUAGCCGGGAAUUUAAUGCUGAAACAAAGAGAUAUGAGAUUUCAAUCCGAUUUAUUUUUGUUGUUGGAAGCGAUUGGCGCAUUUUUGACUAUUGUAAGCGCCGAGAGCACGGUAGACGUAACACCACAAGAGUUUUUGUCGAUUGAUAUGAGAGGGAAGAUCAUCACUGCGAUCAAAAUACCUCCGCUGUCUAAUAAUUAUAAAUUUGCCUCUUUCAAAGUAAUGCCCAGAUCACAGAACGCUGUAGCUCAGGUUCACGGAGCUUUCCUUUAUGAAUUAGAUCCAAAUGACCACGAAACAGUAAAAUCAGCGAGAAUAUUAUAUGGUGGUCUUUCAAAGACCUUCACUCACGCGUACAGAACAGAAUUGUUUUUGAAGGAUAAGAAGUUGUUCGAGAAUGAUGUGUUACAAGGAGCACUUAAAGUUCUCCAUGACGAAAUUAUUGUAGAGGAAUUCCCAGGAAUGCUGUCACCGGAAUUUCGGAAGAAAGCUGCUCUGGGUUUAUUUUAUAAGGGCUUGCUCAACAUAAUACCGGCGGAGCUAUUAAACGUACGAUACGCAUCAGGUGCAGUUGAUCUGCGGAAAUACAGACCACUCUCAAAAGGUACAGAGGUUUACGAUACAAACCCAGUAUUAUGGCCUUUAAAUGAGCCUAUGCCGAAAGUGGAAGCACUGAUACAGUGUGCAGGGGAAGCUCUGUAUGUAAACGAUCUACCUACCCAGAGAAAAGAAGUAUAUUGUGCGUUUGUCACUGCGAAGAUUGCUACUGGUGAAAUCGGGCACAUUGAUCCAUCAGAUGCUCUGUCCAUUCCAGGUGUACUGGCCUUUUACUCAGCCAAAGACAUUCCCGGAAAGAAUAUCCUCAUAAGUGGCAGGGUACCACUUUACGAUCCUCAAAUAUUAUUAGCAGAAGAUAGGAUUACCUACUUCGAUCAACCGAUUGGGAUAAUAGCAGCUGAAACUGAAGUGUUAGCAAACAGAGCAGCGGAUUUAGUUCGUGUAACUUAUAAGAAGGAUAACAAGAAACCGUUACUAGAUAUACGUGACGUAAAGAUGUUUGAUCCAAGUCGAAUAACCUUGUAUAAAGCUACCCCAGCUGAGAAAGAACCAGGAGUAGAUGUGCAUAGUGUAAUAAGGGAAUCAGAGAACAUAUUUUGGCAGUAUCACUAUACAAUGGAAACUCAGAGUUGCGUUACUCGUCCCAGUGAGGAGGGUAUUGAUGCGUACUCGGCAUCUCAAUACCCUGACAUGAUGCAUCUGGCUAUUUCAGAGUUAUUGAAUAUAGAGCAAAGCAGAAUAAACUUGGUUAUACCACGGUGUGGCGGAGCUUAUGGUGCUAAGAUAACCAGAAGUAGUUACACGGCUACCGCAUGCGCACUGGUCACUUAUUUACUCAACAGACCAUGUAGAUUUGUAAUGGAUAUCCAGCCCAACAUUCGGGUAAUUGGAAAGCGAUUACCAUGCAAUCUUGAUUACGAGGUUGCAGUAAACAGUAUAGGCGAAAUACAGUAUCUACAUUAUAAUUUAUAUCAAGACGUUGGCUACAAAGACAACGAUCCAGUGGCGUUUUUAGCUGUUCCUGGAGUAAAGAACUGUUACGACAAGAGCCGGUGGAAUUACAGCGUCUUCUCUGUUACAACUGAUACCACUUCCAAUACAUAUGCCAGAAGUCCUGGAAGUUUUGAAAGUGUAUGCAUGACAGAACACAUCAUGGAGAGAAUAGCAUAUGAAUUGGACUUGGACCCACUGCAAGUGCGUAUGUGUAAUCUUAAUAGUGAAUACACAGAUGUAAGAGAUGUAUUGGAGACACUGUUGGAAGAUAGUGAUUAUGAAAAACGGAAAAUGGAAGUAGCGGAUUUUAAUCUUAAGAACAGGUGGCUGAAACGGGGUCUUCGAGUGGCAAUUAUGAGCUGGCCGGGAACACCUCUGGUGGAUUUCCAUAUUUAUAUAACUGUCUAUCAUGGAGAUGGGAGCAUUGUCAUUAAACAUGGGGGUGUAGAAAUAGGUCAGGGGAUAAACACAAAAGUUAUACAAACCGUUGGGUUUAUAUUGAAGGUUCCUAUAAGUAAGAUAAAAACGAAACCGCUGGAUGUAGCCUCCGUUCCAAAUAACUUUUCCACGGUUGCCAGUCGCACGACUCAGGCAAUAUGUUUCGGUGCAAUCAAAUGCUGUCAGUUGCUUUUAGAUCGUUUAGCACCAGUCAGAGAUACAAUAAAAGAUCCUACAUGGGAAAAUUUAGUGCAAGCGGCGUUUGAGCAAGGAAUUAAUUUGCAAGUGAGUUAUCAGGUCAAUUCGAAUGAUCAGGAACCUCACAGGACUGCAGGUAUUGCUCUAUCAGAAGUAGAAUUGGACAUAUUAACUGGUGAAUCACAUAUACGAAGGGUUGAUUUAGUUGAGGACGUUGGGACAAGUGUGAACCCAGAAAUCGAUAUUGGCCAGAUUCAAGGUGCAUUUACAAUGGGCUUGGGAUAUUGGACUACAGAACAAUUAAUUUAUGACAAGGAGACGGGUCAGAUACUGACCGAUCGCACUUGGAACUACCACAUACCACAGGCUAAAGAUAUACCAAUUGAUUUUCGGAUAAAAUUGCGCAAGAAUCACAACCCCGUUGGGACACUGGGGUCUCGGUCGGUGGCUGAACCAGCUACUUGUUUAGCCGUAAGCGUCGCCUUCGCUUUAAAAGCUGCCAUUGCCGCUUCUAGGGAGGAAACAGGAUUCCCCAGAAAUCAAUGGUUUAAUGUUGAUGGCACCUACUCUGUUGAAGCCAAUGUUCUACAUUCACAAGUGAGAUUGGAGGAAUUUCUCUACAGAUAAUUACUAUGGUCAAAUGUGAAUAUGUUUGUUAGAACUUAGAGAACGAUCGAGUAGGUGAACGGUUUUUAUUUAUUUAAUGGGUUUAGUUCAGGAAAUUUGGAGGCCGUUUAGCUUUUUGUUAAAACAAUUUAUGAUGCAUAAAGUACCAUAUUAAAGCUCAUAAUUUAAAAAUUUAUUAUUUUUUAAUAAUUGACAGCAAUUAGGAAUGAAAUAAAACACUCAUAAUCCAACAAAAUUAUAUAUUAUGUGAAUAUAACAUCAAUAUAUUUGCCUACAUAAUCUGAAUCGUACAACAUCCAUUAAACAUCUCUUUAAAUACAAAUUUAAUAUAAAAUUAAAUUAAACCUCUUCACGAGUGUUGAGCAAUUUAUAGAAACUAUUGCUCAGAAGAAUCGCGUAGACAUUUAGACCUGAAAAAUACAGAGAUUAUAGUCUGGAUUAGCAAAUAGGUUACCUUUACCCGGGUACCAUGGGACGCCGCGGGUUACAGCUAGUGAUGGUCUACCGAUCAGUUAAACAGAUGUAUAUCAUCUGCCCCAUACCCCUCUAGGGAACACGGGACUUCCCAAAACACUUUUUUGUUUUAAUGGCAGAAGAGUGUGUCUCCCAGCUAUAAUUAAAUUCACCUGUGAAAAAUC